CGAGCGCCCUUCGGCCGUUCUGCGCAGGCGCUGCAAAGGGCCCUGUCCCUGAGGUUACGCUUUCGAGAUACACCCUCUCCUAAAAGGAAUGACGUCAGGUUAGAGCCCCUGGAAAGGGUCUGGACAUCCCCAAAUCCCGGCGCUUUAGCCUCAUGGGCCUCCGUCCUCGGACCCCAGAGGCGGGGCUUCUCAGCGGCUGACCGACUGCUACCGACUGCGCUGUCCCGUGUGCCGGCUGUUUGCUCGGUCGGUGAUUUGGAAGGGAGGAGUGAGGGCCAUGCCUCCGCCGCGGGGUGACGUGACCAUCUUAUUUCUGGGGCCUCCGGGCUCGGGAAAGUCUGCUCUGAUCGCAGCGCUGUGCGACAAGGAUGUGGAGACAGUAGAGAUCCCCGACGGCCGGCCGGAUUCCGGGCUCCCCAGCCUGAGAGCUGCAGGCCCAGGCCUCUUCCUGGGCGAGCUGAGCUGCCCACCCGCAGCGCCGGGGCCCUGGGCGGCGGAAGCCAACGUGCUGGUAUUGGUGCUGCCCGGCCCCGAGGGGAAUGAGGAACCCUUGGCCCCAGCGCUGGGGGAGGCAGCGCGGGCCGCCCUGGCCCGAGGGACCCCGCUGCUGGCUGUGCGGAACCUCCGUCCCGAGGAGUCACAGCAUGUAGCCCAGGCCCGGGAUCAGACCGCAGCCCGGCUGGACAGCGCCGGAUUGGGCGCCGCGGCUCUCUUUGUGCUACAGACCGACUGCCGCAGCAGCGACGGCUGCGAGGAGCUGGAGCGCCUGCGGGCGGCGCUGCGGAGCCAGGCGGAGGCGCUGCAGAGGCUCCUGCCACCGGCUCAGGAUGGCUUCGAGGUGCUGGGCGCUGCAGAGUUGGAGGCUGUGCGCGAGGCCUUCGAGACGGGUGGCCUGGAGGCGGCGCUGUCAUGGGUUCGGGCCGGCCUGGAGCGACUGGGCAGCGCGCGCCUGGACCUGGCCGUGGCCGGUAGAGCUGACGUGAGCCUUGUGCUGAACAUGCUCCUCGGGUUAGAUCCUGACGACCCAGGUGCGGUGCCUGCUUCGGCGCCCGCGGAGCCCAUGCCCUACCCGGCCCCAGAGCGCCCCAACGUGGUGCUCUGGACCGUGCCUCUGGGCUCCGCGGGCACUGCUGCCGCCCUCCACCCAACCCACUACGACGCUCUCAUCCUCGUCACCCCUGGGGCCCCCACUGAGAAGCACUGGGCCCAAGUCCGGCCCUUGGUGCUACCAGAUACGCCGCUGGUCUGCGUGCGAACAGACGGCGAGGGCGAGGAUCCGGAGUCCCUGGACGAAGAGGAAAAGAGCGGCGAGAGCUUAGAGAACGCAGGCGGAGGGGGGUUUGAGAAUGCACGCAGUGAGGGAAGGGAGAAACGUGGCCCUGGAUCGCAGAAAGCAGGCAGUGGGGAAGGUUCAGAGGACGCAGGCAGCGAGAGUUGGCAGCCGGUUGGCGUCGGCGUGAAGAAACCGAGCAGCGGGGACUCAGAGCGCGCGGCCGCACUGAGCCCAGAGGACGAGACGUGGGAGGUGCUGGAGGAGGCGCCGCCGCCGGUGUUCCCGCUGCGGCCGGGCGGCCUCCCGGGGCUGUGCGAGUGGCUGCGGCGUGCGCUACCCCCGGCCCAGGCGGGGGCGCUGCUGCUGGCUCUGCCACCCGCGUCUCCCCGCGCGGCCCGGACCAAGGCUGCGGCGCUAAGGGCCGGGGCGUGGCGGCCGGCCCUGUUGGCUAGCCUGGCGGCGGCGGCGGCCCCAGUGCCGGGGCUGGGCUGGGCCUGCGACGUGGCGCUCCUGCGAGGUCAGCUGGCCGAGUGGCGGCGGGCGCUGGGGCUCGAACCCGCGGCGCUGGCACGACGCGAGCGCGCGCUGGGCUUGGCGCCGGGGGAGCUGGCCGAGCGGACGCGCUUCCCGGGUCCGGUGACGCGCGCCGAAGUGGAGGCGAGGCUGGGCUCGUGGGCGGGCGAGGGCACCGCCGGGGGCGCGGCGCUGGGCGCGCUCUCCUUCCUGUGGCCGGCGGGUGGCGCGGCGGCCACCGGGGGCCUGGGCUACCGCGCGGCGCACGGCGUCCUGCUGCAGGCGCUCGACGAGAUGCGGGCCGACGCCGAAGCAGUGCUGGCACCGCAGGUGCCCGCGCAGUGAGGGGGGGGUUGAGGGCCGGGGCUUCCGGGGUGCCCCGUGUCCCGGCUGCUCGGCUUGGUCAGGGGUUGAGGACUCCAAGUCGCCAUUAAGAGGGAGAGGGCGUGGGGAUCCAGAUUCUGGCAUGCUAGUAUGGGAUGUCUGGGCUUGUGAGGUCACAGAGCCGGGGCGGGGGGGGGGGGCGGGGCGCGGGGGCCGCCACUCAGAAUCCCGGGUGCUUGAAGGCGGUGAGGGUUCUGACUACCGGUUGGAAUGUGUGACUUCUCGUCACCAGGAUUCCUGGGUCCUGAAGGGGAAUAGAGUUCGGGGGACAAGACUCCUGAUUUCUCUGGGGGACCAGAGGGUGUGACCCUCAGACUCCUAGACUCCUGAACUCCUGAAGGGAGUUAAGGGUUUGGGACUCCUCCAAGGGGGUAUAUCUUGGUCUCCAAAGAGUAGAAACUGGAUCUAUUAGGUGUCAAGUCCUCCAGGGGGAGAGGAGGUGGAAGCCCUGAUUCCUGAUGAAGGGGGUCUCCAUCACACCGGGGACUCUAGCAUGGAGGAGGGGGUCUGGGUUCCCCAGGGAGCUGGAAUCCUUGGGCUUCUGAGCCACAAAGGGAUUUAAGGUCUGGGUUUCUGCGGGUUGGGGGGAUAGGCCUGCAUACAAAGGGGGCUUUGAAUUUUCAUUGGGGGAAGGAAGGAUCUCUGGAGUCUCAGAACUCCUGGCUCCCAAGAGGGCUGUGGACCUUGGUUCCUAAUUCAUGGGUGGUGGAAGGUCUCCAACUAGAGGAGGGAAUAGGGGGCUGUGUGAGAGAUCUGGAGACCUUUGGUUCCUCUUGGGGAAUAGAGGGGUCUCUAAUAGUUGCUCCACCAGGGGCCUGGUGACCCAGAUUUCUUUCCCAGUUGUUGUUGGGAGAAUGGUACCACAAAAAUGAGAGGAGAUAAGAGUUCUGGGCAUGGUGGGCUCUGGGGGGUAGCCAGAGACCAGGAAUGAGGCCUUCUGGGUGUGGAAGGACAGAAACCCCUACCUCAGAGGUAUCUCCCAAAAGUCCCUAGUGGAUUUGGAUCCUGGUAACUAACUGCCUUUUUCUGAGUUUGACUGGAAAGGGAUAUGACUGCCCCCAUUUUAUAGGUGCUGAGCGAUUAUGGGGCUCUCUGGGGACUCUGUUCGUCUGUCCCUCUCUCCUUUAGGGGUUUCUAUCUUUUUUUGGUCUUGGUUUCUUCUGUCAUUAAACCUUAACCCUUUCUGACCUUGGUAUUAUAUACACCUGCCUUUUGGGAAGAGCAACCGUACUGCUGCACUGAUCCAAACGCUUCUGUGUUGGCUACCUCAGGUAUCCCCGAGAGAGACACAGAGAAUGCCACAGUGAGCAAGGGACCCACGGAGCAGCUGGGCAGGUGUUCCACACCGUGGGAAUGUGCCACAGUGAGGCAAAGGCAGAAACCACAGUCCUUGGAAUGUUCUAGGCUGCCAGCUACAAAUAGAGGAGAAGCCACAGGUCACAGAACUCUUCAAUGCCAAAAACAGAAAGGGAGGACCUGAGAGGCCAUCCAGCAGAAUCUCUGUUAUGUUAGAUGGGGAAAGCAAAACCCAGAGAGGGCGGGCUCUAGGCCCAACAGCACACACCAAGGCCCCUGCCUGUUCUUAUUUCCUGCCCCCUCCCAUCCCCCGAGUCAACCUGAUCUUCCUUCUGAUGCUUGAGUGGGCCACCUGGGAUCCUGCCUCAGGACCUUUGCACUUUCUGUUAUUUCUGCCUAGAAUGCUCUGCUCCCAGAUCUUCCCACGACUGGCUCCUUCUUGUCAAUCAGGUCUCAGCUCAAGUGUCCCCUCAGAGAAGCCUUCCCUGACCUCUGUAACUGAAGUAGCUCACACCCCCACCCCUAUUAUUCGUCUUGGCCGGUUAUUUUUCCUUGUAGCAAUUAUUACUAUAGAAAAUUACCUUAUUUAUUUAUUUACCUAUUUAUUGGUUAUUAUCCCCAUACCUGUCCUGUUCUCUGCUGUACCCCCGGCACCUAGAAUAGUGCUUGACACACAGAAGGUGCUUAGUAAAUAUUUAAUUCAUUAAUCAGUGGCAGAACUAGGGCUGGAAUUUAGGUCAUCAGCCUCUUGCCACAAGACAGGGAAAAGGUGCGAGAUGGGGGAGAAACAAGUAUCUCAUGGGAGAGGAAGCUCCUGUCAGGUCAGGGGACCUGGGAAGCAAACAGCUUUGCAACUGUCACUCCGGGUGACGUGGGCCAGUGCCUUAUUUUCCCACCUGUGAAAUGAAAGGGCUGGACAAGAACCAUAAACACUUCCGAGAUCCUGUUUCCUUUGACGGCUGAAGACAAGGGUAACCAAUCUGAGGGGCAGGUACUUGAGGGGCGGUUCCACCAUGUCUACCUUGAACUCCUACCACCGGCCCAAUCUGUCCCAUUAAAGUUGAGAUGGCCAAGAUGGGGAGAAGCAUCUGGCUCUAUACUGAAUGGCUCCAAGCAUUGUCCUCAAAGCUCUUCUGGCCUUAGGAGAACGUUCCUCAUCCAUAUCUGUAAGAGCCAGUACCACACUGUCUCCUCCUCAAGUCCAGCGUUCAAGCAUCUCCAUCAAGCCUGCCUGCCACGUGCAGGGGCAGGAGGCGCGCAGAGCAGUGCUGUCCAGUAGAAACAGGAUGUGAGCCACAUGGGUAGUUUCAAAUUUUCUAAUAGCCACGUUAAAAAAGGAAAAGGAAACAGGUGAAAGUAAUUCUAAUAUGUUUUACCUCAGUAUAUCCAAAAUACUGCAGCAUGGAAUCAGUAUAGGAAACUACUAAUGAGCUGUUUCACAUUCUUUUUAUGCUAAGUCUUUGAAAUCUGCUGUGUAUUUCUCACAGCACAUCUCAAUUCAGAUGAUAAGUUUUCAUCAGAAAUAUCUGACCUCAAUUUAGAAUUCAGAAACCUCAUAUUUGGAGAAGUCGAUUCAUAUACCCAAGUUGUCCCAAUUGUAUUGGAUAGUUUUCCAAUAACUGAGAUGAGUAGUAAUUUUUUUAAUUAAUCAGAAGUAACUAAAAUGUAAGCUUCAGUUUCCCCGUUGCACCAGGCACACGUGGUGAGUAGCCACUGUAUUAGACAGCACAGCCCUAGAACACUUCCCGUUCCCACGGGGAACUCUGUGCACAUUGCUCUAGGGUCAGAGGGCCCUUUGACUGACCAUGGGGGUGACCUUGGGCAAGUCACUCAGCAAAUGGCAUCUACCUCACAGGGUUACGGCGAGAAUUCAGUGUAUGCACGUAUGUACAUGCAUUCUUUCUCAUGCACAGCGACGAACUUGCAGCCCCUCCUGGAAGCUGGCACACUGGGAGCCCGAAUGUCAGUCUCACCCCCAUGCCUUUGCUCGGAGUGCCCUCCUCUCUUCCUGCCGCUUUGCCACCAUCUCUGACUUGGUCCCGUCCGACAU